AUGUUUCAUGGAGAGAGCAAUGGUGUUGAUGAGGAUCAAGUAAUUGAGUGGUUGGAGAAAUUACCUAACCUUAUUAAUGGUUAUGCAGAUGAAGACAUUUACAAUGCAGAUGAAGCCGGAUUCAAUUGGAAAGCUCAACCUCGAUACUCGUUUGUUAGGAAAGGGUUAGAUUCUCAUGGUAACAAAAUUGAUAAGAUUAAAUUAAGUAUCUUAGUUUGUGUCAAUAAGUCGGGUUGGAAACAACCCCUUCUCGUAAUUGGUAAGAGUAAAAAACCAAGGUGGUUGAAAACUUGCAUAAUCGAUUUAAAAUCACUGAACAUUGAAUAUGUUUGUUCUGGUCAUGGAUGGAUGGAGACAGAAAUUUUCAAUAGAUGGUUAGCUGAAUGGAAUGAAAAAUUGAAGUCUGAAAACAGAAAAAUAAUUUUGUUUGUUGGCCAGUGUCCAUCUCAUAAGCUUACAUCUGAAUAUGAGCAAAUAAGUGUAAUUAAGUUGCCAAAAAAUACUACAUCAAGACUCCAACCUGCUGACGCUGGUAUUAUCGCUAAUCUCAAACGCAACUAUCGAGAGCUUCUAAUGUCCAAAAUACUGCCACAAGUCGAAGGAGACUCAACAUUUGAUGAAGCUAUUAAAACAAUCACUUUACCGGAAGCGCUGAAAAUGGGAUCUUGGAGUUCUAGUGGUAAUAAUCGUAAUGGUGGUGAUGAUAAUGAUGGUGAAAAUGGAAGCGAUAGUCGCAGUGGUGAAGUUGCAACUCAUAGUGAUACUUCUAUUUAUGAGGAAUCAACACUACCAAUCGUAUCAGAUGAUAUACUAGAGAUGACACUAGAUGAGCAAAAUGCUUGGAUCAAGGAAUCGUCAGCCAACAAGCAAGGUUUAACUUUGACUGAACAGGAGAAGGAAGCUCAAGAGUAUACGGAUCCCUCACCCGGUUUUAUUCCGAUAUGUUUAUUGUGGAACGAGGGACGAGUAUUUAAAAUAUCUCAAACAACAUGUAUUUCGUCGUAG